UAUGGGACGGGGCACGCUGCUGUCUUGCCUGGGGCCGGCCUGCUGCUUGCUGCUGCUGCUGCUGGGGGACAACGGGGGGCUGGGGAGCAGUGGGAAGCAGCGGGGGCUGCUGGAGGAGCGCCAGAGCGCUGUGACGGAGGCGGCACCGUGGGGCAGAGCGAGGUAUGAGGCGGUGAAGAAGCAGCUGGGAACCGUGGGAGCUCUCUCCAAGCAGUACUGGCAGUACCUGGCUUGCAAGGUGUGGCACGAGGGCUGCGGGAAGGAGGAAAGAACCAGCCCCGGCCCAGGCUGGAGCUUGCCUCUGGUGGGCCAGGAUUACCUGGAGAUCCUCUCUGCUUGGUACUGCAGUUUUGGCAAGUGCUGCAAGACAGGAGACUGCCAGAUCAUCAACAACGUCACGGGGCUCGAACUGGACCUCCAUGAGCAUCUCCACGGGCAGCACUUGGCCAAAGAAAUUGUCAUACGGGCGGUGCGAGGGUUCCUGCAGAGCCCGCAGCCUCAGAAGGCUCUGGUCCUCUCCUUCCAUGGCUGGUCUGGCACAGGCAAGAACUUUGUGGCCCGCAUGGUGGCUGCUCACCUGUACAGGGACGGGCUGAAGAGUGAAUGUGUCAGGGUGUUCAUUGCGCUCUUCCACUUCCCCCACCACAAGUACGUGGACUCCUACAAGGUUCAGCUGGAGAAGCAGAUAAGUGAGACUGUGCAGCUCUGCAAGCAGUCACUGUUCAUCUUUGAUGAGGCAGAGAAGCUUCAUUUUGGCCUCCUGGAAGUCAUCAAGCCCUUCAUGGCUCGCUCUGACAAGGGCCGGCAAGAUAACCGGAGAUCCAUCUUCCUCUUCCUCAGCAAUAUUGGUGGCAGUGCCAUCAAUGAGGUCACCCUGGACUUCUGGAGAGCUGGACGGGCACGAGAGGAGAUUCCCAUGGAGCUCCUGGAGCAACAGCUGCGGCUGGAGAUGCUGCAGCUUGCAGAGAAUGGUUUUGCCCGCAGCCAUCUCCUUGAAGAGAACCUGGUUGAUUUCUUUGUGCCAUUCCUACCUCUGGAGUACCACCACGUGAAGCUCUGCGCGCGGGAUGCGUUCCUGGCCCGUGGACUUCCCUACACAGAGGCAGCCCUUGAUGAGGUUGCCAGGAUGAUGGUGUUUGUCCCCAAGGAGGAGAAGCUUUUCUCUGCACAAGGCUGUAAAUCUGUAUCACAGCGCAUUAAUUACUUCCUUCCUUGAACACCAGGUGGGACUACAUCGCUGGUGAAGCUGAUUCCAUACACCAGGAGCUGCUCUCCUUGCACAAGGUCAGGCAAGCAGAUCACCCCUGCACAGGGGCAGGAACUGAACUCCAUAUUACUCUGAGGGCUGCUCACAGGGAAGGAAGUGCAGUUGGAGUGCCAGCAGGCUGAGCUCGGCUGGGUUUUUAAGUCCACGUGGUGUUUCUCACUCCCUCCUCCUACCCUGAAGCAGUGGUUUGGUUGUGCUGAUAGAUGCUUAGUCUCGUGUGAGUGGGGUAUUGCCAGUUUGUUGCCAGUAAGCAAAGGCCCAGGCCAGACUGAUCCAGCACAAGCCACGGCCUCAUCCCUGUCCACAGCUUCCUCAGUCACAUACAGAAAAUGACUGCUUCAUCUCCACUGGAGAUUUUAAACCUAUAGCCUUUUCCUUUGGAGUGACCUUCUCUCCCCUCUCUUGGUCUUUGUUCCAUGGAAGCAGCUGUGGGAUGAGGUGAGCUCCUGCUGGAAUCAUUUCCCUGAGCCGUUUGGUGAAGAGCAUGUUUGCUGCAUUGCAGGAACUGGUUUGGGGAGAGACAGACACGGGCAAAGGGCAGAUGAGGAGGACAGUGGGUGAAAGAACAGGUUGCAGUUGAAUUCUGGUUUUCAGAGCUGGAAUAAGAUAGUUUUCCCCCCCCCCAGUAUGUUGCAUGCUGUGGGGUUUUGGCUGGUAUCAGCAUUACUACACCAAGGGGCUGUUUGCUGUCUGGGUACUUGCCAGGUGAUAAGAAUGGACCAAAAUAUUUCAACAGUGAUAGAAGAAUCACUUUGUGACCUCGAGGUCAAAACUCCCUUCCAACACAGCUGCUGCACGGUGAGGUGAAUCAGCAGCUGCCAAGGACGGCUCAGCUACCUCAUGUGCGGACCUUUGGUCUAUUUUAAGCUUGGAACCUCUCAGCAGUGCCAGUGAUGAGCAGCACAACUCCAGGGACAGGCUGAGCACUGCUCUGCAGCCUCUGAGGUCGCCGAUCUAAUGAGGCUGUGUGGUCCAAGGCAGGGAGCAGUGAGCCAGGGAGCUGCUUGUCUUCCUUCUCUCUGUACAAAGUUAGCUUCAGCCUGGCUGCUGACUCAAGGCUGGACCUAAGUGCUAGGUCUACUUUUAUCAGGCAUUGCUCAGAGUUGGUUGAUGGGUGGUCAUUUCAUCACACACAUCAGUCCUGGGAACAGCAGAGGUGCCUGAGGGAAAGCAGCUCUUCAGUGAGGAUGCAGCCCUGCAGAACAGCACAGUUCAGGCUCUGCUUUACAACCAGCUGAUCUGCUUGGUCACUUGUGUAAGCCAGCGUGAGGUCAGCAAAGUUUUGGUUUUUUGAGUUAACUGGCUUUGGGUACAGUACAGUGCAGGUUAAAACAUGCUUUAGAUAAAUAAAGCAAUGUCUAGGCAAGGUGGGUUUUUUUUGCCAAUAAAAUAUUGCAACCUUUAUUUAAAACAAAAUGCAAAUUGGCAAAACUUUGUGGAACGACAGGCAAAGAGGCCCUUCUGAGGGCCUUAUUUACAUCAAGUUUAACACUGUUCGCAGUUCACAGUCAGACGAUAGUGAGAGAAUUAAAUUAGAAAAACAACCAAAAUAUAUUACAAUAACAAUUAAAAACAAAACAGUUGACAACACUGUAGAGUGAUUGGUGAUUAAUGCGUUUGAUUUUAAUCCAUUCCUGCCCUCUGUGAGUUCAGUACUGAUGCCCACAGCAUGCCAUGCUGAGCGGGCUCUACACCCUCGUGCACAGCAGCCAUGCUGGGAAGAUGACCUCCUUUGGUACGGGUAUAUCUCACUCUGCAGGUACUGCAGAUACGUCCCAGAAGCUGUCACUUCCUACCACCAGGGAACAGGCUGAGGGUUUGUUCUAAGCUCCGGGCCUGAGAGUACCCCAGGGCCCACGGGCCACUUACACCAGCUGCUCCCUGCUGACACUGGGCCAGUGGUGCUCAGGAGAAGCCUCUUCUGUGAGGAUAAGGAACAGAGAGAACAGCCCCGUGUUCUGCAUCAGGAGUGCUGCUCUGUUUAGCUCUGCUCUCCCAGCUGUUUGAUGCAGUCCUAAAACCAAAGCUUUUAAUUCAGUCCUGCCAGCACUGGUGAGAAGAACAGCCAGUUGUGUGCUGCCAACCCAGCCAGCCAAGUGCACUGCGCCCAGGGUUAAGAAGGGCAUACAGUGCAGAAAGCUGCACCUGCGGGUCGGCUGCUCCCCUGGGAGCUAGGGAGAGAAAUUCCCCCCACUGCCUUGCUCUGGGCUCUGAGCUUGCCAUCACCAGGUCCCUACGGUUUGCCACCCCUGCUGCAAAGAUGACUGCCUUCAAUUCUAGGCCAUAGUAGUGCAAGUUGGAAAGCCCAGCUGCAUUUGCAUCUUUACCACACGAGGCCUUCUCACAGCAGUGAAGAAAGGAAACACAAGAGGAGGUUGUCUUAUCCACAAAGGCUGGAGCAAGAGAUGCUCUUCACUGGAAGAAGUAACGGGGCUUUGCCAUCCAUACAGUACUUGACACAGACUGUGUGCAAAGCUGAAAGCAGAGAAGCUGCUACGGUUGAGACCUUUAAGGCUGAACAGAAAGGCAAAUCUAGCAGAGGGAAAGGACGUGUAAUGGUGGGAGAGAAGCUGCCCCAGCCGUUUGUGAUCCUGGGAGAGCAGGUGAAUUCUGCUUCUUCUAACUGCCCACAGCUGUGUCCCUGCCAGCUACCUCUGGGGGGGAGGAAAAACAGGCGGCACUCAAAGAAAGCAGACAUGGGGAGGGUAGCCAGCCCUUUGCAGGGGCACAGUUUGUUUCUUAAGCAGGGUAUGAAAGAGUGGAAAGGGGUGUGUUCUAUUAAUUAAAAAUUCCAGGAACUGUUUGCUAUUCUAUCACUUUUGCAGGAGCUUUUCUGGAAGACCUACAUUCAGGAAAAAAUAAAUUUUAAAAAGCUUCUUUUAAAAUA